CGUAAAUUUUUAUAAAUAAAAAUUUAUUCUCGUAAUAUGAGUAGCGAAAAAAUUGAAACUCAGAAUAAUGAUACUACAUCAAUAGAAAUUUUAGAUGAUAAGGAUGAUAUAAGAGAACUUAAGGGUAAUAUGCAAGAACUUGAGGAUGAAAUUGAAAACCACGAGAAAUCAAUUUACCGUAUUUUAAAAGAAAUUCCGGAGAAAGAUGAUCUUUGGAAUGAAAUUGAAUACCACAAGAAAUCAAUUUACCGUAUUUUCGUUCCUCAAUAUAUGAAUGAUACUAGUUCAAAUGAUGAUUAUGUUGUUACUUAUAGUUAUGACCAUGAUUCAUUCCUUGGAUGGCCAAUUAACAUUGAUGAAAAGAAUAAACUGAAUGAACUGCAACCUGAUGUUUAUGUUAAACUUGUCCCACUCAACAAUCUCUUACCAUAUUUAGACGAUUUUGUACUAUUAAGUAAAAAAAUCAUGUCACUUUAUUUAUAUCGUAAACAUUGGCUUAUUGAUUUUAAUAAUGAUCGUACUGGUGAUACCGGAUUUCUUGAACUAGAAAAUACUGUUAAUUGUGUAGAUUCAGAUAAUGGACAUGAUGGACGUGACACUAUUGGAUUUCUUCCUAAUGGAGAUUUAAUUCAAGUAUCGCUAAUUAAUAAAAAAAUUUACAAGUACUGUUUAGAAAAUAAACCAAAAAAUAAAGGUUCUUGGAAAUGUUCUCAAAUUUAUGAUCUAAAAAUUCCCAAAAGUUUACGUGGUCAAUAUACUACCUUACGUAGUUCUAUAUGUCAAGAAAAGUUAUUUCUAAUUGUUAAUGAUCAUAAAACAUUAAUAAUUCAAAUUGAUUUAUCGAAUAUGACUUUUGAAAGACAAUACAUUUCAGAGGGAUUCAUACUUGAUGUUUUUCUAUGUAACUCAGAUGGGGCUUCUUUUUAUCGUAAACCAAUAAUAAUGAAUAAAAAUCAAACGUUAUUUGCGAUAGCUGAUGAUUAUACUUACAUAUUUUCAAUGGAAAAUGGAAUGUUGAUUUUAAAAUAUAAUUAUGGUGAAGAGAAUUCUCCAGUUGAAUUUAUAUCUUUGGAAGAUAAUUCCGAAAGAUUAGUCAUUAAUCAACAUUUCUCACUCGAACAUAAACUUUUAGAUCCUUAUCAACCUUAUUAUGAAAUUGAUAUUUCCCAAGAUUUUAAUAAAAAAAGUGUGAUAACUAAAUCAAACAAAAAAAUUUGCAUUGACAAAAAUGGUAACGUUUGUAUUAAAAAUGGGUUAGAAUUGAAACAAUUAACAAACAAGAACAUCUAUAGGAAUAGUAUUUACUAUACUUUAUUUACUUUUAAGGUUAUACAAAAUAUGCUUGACGAUAUCAUCAAACAAGUGGAGAUUAAAAAGGUUGCAUCAUCUAAAGAGUUUGUGUUAAAACAUAACUUUAAAAUUAAUAAUGAAGGUCUUUGUCAACUUUAUCUUCGUAAUAAUUUUAAUUCUGUUACUGAUAAUGUAAUACCGAAUAUUGAUUAUUAUAAUGAUGAGAUUACACUUAGAAAAUCAACUGGUAAAGAAAUAAAGUAUAUUAAAGUUCCUCAUAUACUUUCAUAUGAACUAUUAAACGACCAGAAUUUGGUAUUAAUUAAUAUGAGAGGAAUUGAUAUUUAUUCAAUAAAUGAGUUUGGGCUUAAACAUCAAUAUUUUUGGCAUAAUGAUGAAUGGGAUCGUAUUUAUAAAAAAUUCAUUAAAGAUCAUGGAAAUAAAUUUAAUGCAAGUUUUAUUGAUAAAUAUUACAAGCCACUUUUUAUAAAUGUUUAUAAUAGUGAAUUUAAUGAUUCAAAAUAUUUAAUACCAUUAUCAAGAUUAAACUGUAAUGAUGCGAAGGAAAUAAUCGAAGAUUUUAUAAAUGAUACAGUAGCAUUAUCAAGAUUUGGAUUAGAAAUGUUGAAAAUGGCAAUUAGUGACAAAAUUGAUUAUCAACUGAUAAAACAAUUAGCUACAGGUAUUAUAGAUAAUGAAAUGGCAAUUUCAAAAUUUGGAACAGAAAUUUUAAAUAUAGCAUUUAAAGAAAAUUAUCACGAUGUUGUUUAUCAAACCAUUGAUAAAAUUAUCAAAUCAACUCAAGAUUAUUCCGAAACUUACAUGACUUUUAUUAGUUUAUUCUUAAAAAAUUUAUGUGAAUAUUACCCUGAUUCCAUAGUCAAAUACAUUUUAAGUACUUCUAUUAUAUUAUCUCCUUAUUGCAAUAAAAUUAAAAAUUCAAAAAAUACAUCACUUUAUUCAUAUUCAAAAAAUAUUUACGUUAAGGAAUCAAAUAUGGAUAAUAAUUAUUUUAAGAUUAUAUUAUCAUUUUUAAAAGAAUUAUGGAUACGGGAAGAAACACAAACAGUUAGUUUUAUAGUUCCUUUUCCUCGUAUUUGUGAAUAUAACGAUAAUCCUUGGAAUAAAUUUAUAUAUGAACCGAAAUCUAUUCUCUUUUGUAAUAUAGAUGGUGAUCAUCUUUAUAAUUGGUGGAAUUUUGCCGCAAUUGUUGAUUAUAAGUGGAAAACUUUUGGAUGGAUUUAUUAUUAUUUGAAUUGGUUCUUUUAUACAAUUUUUUACAUUUGUUAUUCAUUAGCUUCUGCAUUAGAUCAAAAUUCUAUCCCUGAUUCUUAUUUUAAAUUACUUUUUAUAAUUUCCAUUGUACUUGGUUCAAUAUUUUUAAUUUUUGAAAUUCGUCAAUUUUUAUGGAACACAAAACUUUAUGUUAAUGAUGUAUGGAAUUUAUUUGUAAUUAAAUCAUUUGGAAUUUAUUUUGCCAUAAUAAUUGGUGUUGCAAAAAAAGUUUUUCCAUUCUUGAUGCUCUUAUUUUUUAUUAUACUUGGUUAUGCUCAAGCAUUUUUCAUUAUUCUAAAAUCAACCAAUGAAAAUGAUGAUAAUGAUCCACAAAACCUAGCAACUAAAUACGAUUUUAUUAAUUCGGAUGGAACUAUUAAUAAUACAACAAAAUUAAUUCAAGAAACUGAUUCAAAUACGAAUUUAUUUAAUUGGUUUCCAACUUCUCUUUUAGCCGUGUAUAAAAUCCUUACCGGUGAUUCUGGGUCUUUAGCAUCAUGGACUUAUCGUGAUCAUCACACAAUGACAGUUUUAUUAGUUACCUUUACAUUUUUCACAGUAAUUUAUCUUUUGAAUUUAUUUAUUGGAUUGCUCAAUAUAGCUAUUGAAAAAUAUAAUAAAGAAGAAGAAUUUUUACUUCAAAAAGCAAAGAUUAUUAUGGAAAUUGAAUUAUUUUAUAUGUUUCCAUGUUGGAGAAGCGAUAAAAAAUGGUUUCCAGAUUGGAUUUAUUAUGAUGUACCUGUUACAAAAGUUCGUAAAUUAAUUAAUGCAAUUAAUAAUGAUAAAGCUGUAUUUGAUUAUCCACCAUUUAUCAGUAAGAAAUUGGAAGAGUUGGUAGUACUUACUAAUGAUAAUAAAAAACAAAAUAACGAAGAACAUGAUGAUGAAGGAAACAAAAAUAAUAAACUAGUGGAACAAAAAGAACCUACAAAAGAAGAGCUUAUACAACAAAAUAAUCUACUUAAAAAACAAAUAACUGAUAUUAACGAUCUUGUUACUGAAGUUCGUAAAUUAAUUAAUGCAAUUGAUAAUAAUAAAAAGCAAAGUAAUGAAAAACAUGUUAAUAAAGAAAAACAAUAUAAUAAACCAGAGAAGCAAAUAGAACAAACAAAUGAAGACCUUACACAACAAAAUAAUGUACCUAAUCAACAAACAGAUGACCUCGAUCCUUUUAGUACAGAUGAAUUCAAUCCUUUUAAUUUAAUUAAAAAGAUUGAGGGUAAACAGUCUCUUCCUCCAACUAUCAUCGAUAGUGUGAAAAAGUUAGCAGUAGAAGAACAAAAUAAAAGAUUAUCAGAGAAGCAAAUAGAACAAACAAAUGAAGACCUUAUACAACAAAAUAAUAAAGACCUUACACAACAAAAUAAUGUACCUAAUCAACAAACAGAUGACUUUGAUCCUUUUAGUACAGAUGAAUUCAAUCCUUUUAAUUUAAUUAAAAAGAUUGAGGGUCAACAGUCUCUUCCUCCAACUAUCAUCGAUAGUUUGAAAAAGUUAGCAGUAGAAGAACAAAAUAAAAGAUUAUCAGAGAAGCAAAUAGAACAAACAAAAGAAGACCUUACACAACAAAAUAAUGAAGAUCUUAUACAACAAAAUAAUGAAGACCUUAUACAACAAAAUAAUGAAGACCUUAUACAACAAAAUAAUGUACCUAAUCAACAAACAGAUGACUUCGAUCCUUUUAGUACAGAUGAAUUCAAUCCUUUUAAUUUAACUAAAAAGAUUGAGAGUGAACAGUCUCUUUUUCCAACUAUCAUCGAUAGUGUGAAAAAGUUAGCAAUAGAAGAACAAAAUAAAAGAUUGAAGGAGAAAAAGUAAAGUAUUAAGGAAUUAAAAACAAUAGUAUUAAUGAUUAAAUUGAUAAAAAAAUUACUGUUUCUUCAAAGGAUUUUAUUUAAUUAACAUGCCAAUUAAAAAUAAAGAUAAAAAACAAAAAUUACAAGACUCUUAAUUUAUCUCUGUAAGCAUCAUGUAAAUGAUUAUUGAUUUUUUUGACAUUUUAG